ACCCCCCCUCCCCCGGCUGACCCGCGCGCCGCUCCACCUCUCUGCUGCUGCAGUGGGCCUGGGCCGCCUUCGUGCUGGUCCUGCUGCGUGUACUCGUCGUGCCCGCCGCCGCCUCUGCUCACCUCCCACCUGCCUGUCCACCUCGCCCCCCGCCGCAGCAGCCACGACGCAGCUCACAAACUAUACUGGUAGUACAGGACAGGUCAGGACGCGGCACGCGCGGCGCGUGGCCGGUCAUGGCAUCAUCCGCCUCCACGACGUCGGGCGACGAGGAGGGCCCGAGCGCCCCGUCCGCCGGGGCGGCGCCGCCGCAGGCGCACGCGGAGUGGGCCGCGUCGAUGCAGGCCUACUACGCCGCCGGCGGGCAGCCUUACGCCUGGCACGCCGCGCAGCACAUGAUGGCGGCGGCGGCGGGCGCGCCGUACGGGACGCCCAUGACGUUCCACCCCGCGUACUACGCGCACGCGGCCAUGGCCGCGAGUGUUCCCUACACGGCCGGCGAGCCCGUUGCGGUGGCGGAAGGGAAGUGCAAGAGGAAGAGCUCCGGUGCUCCCUCCGUCGGUAGUUCUUCUGGAAGCAGCGACGGCGGGAGCGAGGAGAAAAGAGAUGCUAGUGCCGAGCACAAGCUAUUACCUUCUGCAAAGAGGAUAAAGUCCACCAGUGCAAAUGUGCAAGGCGAGCCAUCUCACGCUGCAACAACGCAAGAUGCUGCAGCCGGGACCCGAAGCGCAGCAAAGAGGAGGCCUGCAGGAAAGCUCUCGGUUUCGACAACUGAAACGGCAGCAAUUUCCAAUGCAAGACCGAACUUGAACAUUGGAAUAGAUCUUUGGAGUAAUUCUCCAGUUAAAGCAGAGACCUCUGGACAGAUUGAGAUAAAUGCAGCAGCACCUUCCCAUGAUGUCCCUUUGUCACAGAUGGAUGAACGAGAACUGAAGAGGGAGAGAAGAAAACAAUCUAACAGAGAGUCAGCAAGGAGAUCAAGACUACGCAAGCAGCAAGAAUGCGAGGAGCUAGCCCAGAAGGUAACUGACCUGACUGCUAUUAAUGGCGCACUAAGGUCAGAACUCGACCAGCUUAAGAAGGCCUGUGAAGACUUGGAAGCAGAGAAUUCAGAACUGAUGGGUGAAAUGGAACAGGCCGAGGCGCCUAGUGUUGUAACAACUUUGAGCAUGCGUAUUGACACGGCAAAGGCACAUCAUGGGAAGAGUGAUUAACAUCGUGAUAAAAAUAACACUGAUAGCAAGGGAUAGUUUUGAGUAGCAACCAUGUAGUAGGUGUUAGCUCUAGAUAAGGCUAAAGAUGAGAUGAGGUGCUUAAUAUUAACUGCACCAUCGCCCAUUAUCA